GAGAGACAGUCGAGCUUGAUAAGACUAACAGAGUGUGAGAGUUGAGUGAUUUUUUUUACCUCCCCAAUAGGAAGUACCACACAACGAACUUAGCGAAUCCCUUUCAAUUUUCGAUUGAAAUUGAGACUCGUGAGGCGUCGUCGAAAGAAACGAAAAUGGUGAAACAAACUCAAGAAAAUGAUCUUGUCGAAAUAUAAUCGUACUCGCAGCAUUCACUUAGAAACACCGGCUUUUGGCGCUUCAUUUUGAUUUUCUACCGUGAUGACUCAAUGAAUUGUGCUAGAAGGAAGUUCAUAUUCAGAAGCUUAUGAUGAUAAGUGGAAGAAAACGGACAUUGUGGAAAGCGUGCAAAGCAAACAAAAGACUUUUUUGUGCAGGAGAUAGACGGACCUCAGGACAAAAUACCAUGUCUCCCCUACCACGUACGAGCCCGCAUGAGAAUUCGUGCGAGGUAAGAAGUUGGAUGCUCCGAUCGCAGUACUUCUGAAUCAAAACGACGUUCUCUGACGAGGACGACAACAAGAACGCACGGGAGGCGGAUAACAGUCUAAAAAAUGAACGUUACCGCAUUUCGACCAUGGAGCUGGGAUCCCGUGUGGUCCCCAGACCUGGACCCAAUCGAACUCCAGCGUCGCUUCUCUUUCGUCGGUUAUGGGGAAUGCAUAAACCAAGUCGGCGAGUCCCUCACGACACGUCGCAAGCUCUAUCACAUGGCGAAGACCAUAAGCUACAGGCAUUGUAUGGAGUUAGCACUGGCCGAACCGUACGCAGUCGGUACUUUCUAUCUUCUUUCUUGUCGUCAAAGAAUCAGGAUAUAAGUCUUGAAAUCCUUCUCCUUGUACGUUGUGAACAGGCUGGUUGACAGGCAUUAGUGCAAACUUGAAUUGGGUACUUAGUAGAUUCAUAGAGAUGAUGAAAAUUUACCGGCAUGAAUCACAAUGCAUACAUAUUUAUUAUGCAAUCUGAUUAUCGGAAUGUAUUACUGAAGGCUACUCGUGCCAGAACAUGACCUCAAAAUGAGCAAAAACCUGACCUGAAUGAAACAAUAAAAAAGUGGUAGCACUGAAAACGACAAAACCGAGGUUGGUAAAACCGUGACAUAAUUGCUAAUUAGUUACUGCUUGAUGCUAGGCCUAGCUCCAGUUUAUAUAUAUAAAAGCGAAUAUGGAGAGCAUAAGGGGAUACAUACUAGUCCUAUUUCUCGCGCUAUGCGCUAGUUUGGUGAACCGGUACCCUGGAGCGAACUAGCGGGUGCACAUAGCGCGGGAACCGAGCACUUCUCUGAGGUACGCACAGGCUUCGGCCGCCUUUGAUGAGAAGACCUCCAGGGCAGAUGGACGACAGGCGGCGCCUAGAAUAAACGGAGAUACUAGAUGGCCAGUUUUUGCUAGUCCUAAUAUAUAUUAAUACCUCUUCCUUUUUUUCUAUCUUUCCUAGGUAGGUUUGCUCCACCACAAAAAAUUUAUUAUGCAAUCUGAUUAUCAAAUGACGACUUGUUUUCAGGAUUCGCUUUCGGCCGUGUGCAGAGCAUGUGCAAAAUUUAUGGGUGGGUUUGGAAGCAAAUUACAGUGCCACCGUGGACUGCAUUUCGCAAUGACGCUGCGAGCGGCAUCGAAAUCACAGAUUUGAACUCGGCUUACUUAUGGCUUUUAACUGCUUAGUUUUUCCCUCCCCUUUUGUUGGACUUACCCCGAGAAUGGGUAUACUACUACUAACUUCUACUACUAACUACAACGCUAGAAAAAAUGCAAAUGCAUAGUGGAGUAGAGAUGCGAAUGCAUGCUGAAUCUGAAAAGCAUUGUGUCACGCAAAUUAUUGUUCGUGCCUAAGGUACUCUAGAAGCCUGGUACUGGUUUGAUCAUUUGCACUCCCGUGGUCAUUGAUGAAUAGCAAUACAUAGCAUUUGCAUCUCUUCCAAGUGCUCACGACGCUCUAACUCUGGACUGCUGGCGCAAAAAGACGGCAAUCACUUGCGGAUAUCCUCUAGGGAGUAACUUGGAUCCUGUGCGCCCGUGCUGGGAAGGCAGCCGCAUUGCACCAGGUGCGAUCUGUACGGUGAAGUGCAAACCGGGGUACCUGCCGUGGCCGAAGAUAACUACAUGCCGCGUCGAAGGUUUCCUGGAACGCGCCGGCUGCUGGCGCGUGGAUGCCGGAAAGCUCAUGAUUGAUGUACAAAUGAGAUUUUCAUCAUUUUAUCGUCGAUGAUUUAAAUUAAGUAUUGGCUACGAUGCUUCGCUAAAUUUGUUUUCGGAUUUACUUCUUUUGUCGGGCAACAAGACUACCUAAGUCUAUCUCUUCUCACGCACCGACCCUGUUAAUCAAUCAGGUUGAUGACAAGUCGCUGGCGAUGCAAGAGCAGCGCGAGAUUCCGGAGGAAUUCCGCAUAUCCACAGAAGGCAACCCAGACAGUUGGUGGUACGACUACGUGGAUCCUGCCUGGACUGAGGAAAUGGCCGAUAUGAACAUCCUGUUCGCACGUCUUAGAUUGAAGUACAAAGUGGAAGUCUUCGAGCCAGCCGUUGCGCUGAAUGCAACAGAGGCGUUCAACAAGGAAGCAGCACUCGCGAGUCGCCGCAUCGGGGUGCACGAGCCCUUCAUGGUGCGCGACAGCAUCAUGACGCAGUUGCGUCUGCCGAAGCAGGCAGUGCAAGUAACGGGCGUGGAGUGGGUGCGCUCGGAGGGCCUCCUUCGCGUGCUAGAAGCAGAUCGGGUCUACAGAAUGAAGAGGCACACUGCGACGUCGGCAGGAACGGGAAGGGAAGCGUCUUCUUCAUCAACGAAAACUGCUAGUAGUACAAACAAAGCGAUAAAAGGAGCGAGAGGACCUGAAAAGGCUGAGCUUUCGACCGCGUCAUCUUUGCAGGGUGGAGACGGUGGUUCGUUGUAUGCGAAUGUGGCGGACUUGCUGCUGCGCGAAAGCAAUCCUGGUUUGAACGGCGCGUUGCCGAGUCCCGAUACGAGAGCUCUUGGCUCUACAGGUUCUGAGAGAGGAGCGAGCAGCAGUAAAGCUCCUGCGGCACCGGAGCAUGGGAGAACAUACCAGUCUGCUGAUCUAGACUCAUUGGAUGCCCAUGCUGCAGUGCGAGCGGGAACGUCGCGUGCUAGCACGGCCGGAACCUCUGCAAAACUAGAAGCGGAUAUAGAGAGUAGCACCGCGAGUAGCAGAGCAUCAGGUGCGCAGUCAAGACGAGCAGCUCACGCACAAGGUGGCGACCAUUCGCUGAUCAACUAUAGCACAGACGUUGCCGAGGACGUAGAAGAGUUUGGUCGGCCACAGGGAAACGGGGUUGUGUCCUUGGGUCGGGGUCACGCCGCUAGUGCGAGCAGCUCGGGCAGUGGGCACUACGACUAUGCAGAUUCGUAUAGAGUACUAGAAGGACAGGGGCCACUGCCAACAUCUUCACAUGAUUCGUCUAGAAGUGCUUCGGGUUUUGAUGCUAACCUGAACAAACAAGGAGGAGAAGACUGGCAUCAUUCUACUACUGCAGAGGAGAGCGUCCGUGCAACGAGGAGGUCCAGGCAGCAGGACGGGAACAAUGGUUUCAGGCGAAGGGAGACGCAAAGGACAGACACAGACAUGAACUCUCAAGAUCCUGGCACGCAACACAACAGAAAUGAAGAUAGUCAACAAGCCACGACAUUAGGAAGUACCACUUCCAGAACAAUGACAGGAGAAGUAUCGAGCACCUUGCCCUCUGAGCGAGACUUGCAUUGGGAUGCGAUAGCCUCAGCUGCAAUUGGUGAAGCUGCUGUUGCAGCUUACGAUCCCUCCGGUUCGGUCCUCCCGCAGUCAAGUUUUCUCUACCCACCAGAAAACACGGUCUAUUACCAUACGCCGUCAUUUGGAGGAGCAGUUGGAGCAGCAACUUUAGGAGGUGGCGCUGGUCGUGUACUAGCAGGAGUGUCUUCGCCUGAGCAAAGCAAGUCCUCUGCUUGGACCUCUUCCGUACCACGGAGGACCUCGUCUUGGAGCAACCCAACAACAGAGAGGCUUGCAAAAGUUCUUCGAAGGAAGGGAAGGCAAAAAUGUGCUGCGGCCGAUCACGCACCGGAGUUUAGUCCCGACAACGUGUUUGAUCUCUCUCGCGAGAUCACUAUCGGUAACGAGAAAGACCUGCUAGGAAGAACCGAAGAUGCAGUCGGCAGAAAACUGCGUGAACGCAACAUCCGCCGAAAUCGGCGUCGUAGAGCUAGGCGAGCACGGAAAAGACGCGAGCACAAUGAGGACUGGCCGCCGGAUCGUCAGUAUGGUACAACAUCAGUGCUAGAAGAGCAUUUUCAUCUUCUAGAGCCAGCGAACACUAUGGCGGCAGGCGCUGUGUUCUCUGGCCUGACUGGUGCAGCGACAGGUUCGCAGGACUCAUCUUCAUACCAAUCUAGAGCACUCGACGUAGUGGGCGAUGCGAACAAGGGAACGCCGGCAAGCAAUGUCGAAGCGGUAAAAGCUGCAACUACAGCCACAACCUCGUCAAGACCGUCAUCCACUAUUCUCGAUUCCAUUCCUGCUUCGCAGGCAGCAAGAAGUAGCACUUAUUUCGAAAAGUUACAGGAGGGCGGCCCUGAAGAUGCCGCAACGACUCGUGAUUCAUCAUACGCAGCACAGCAGAAGGAGAUGCUUCGUCGGUUGGUCAUCGAAGAUGGCGUCGAGUUCAUCGAGGAAGACUUCUAUGUCGAGAUCCUGCCUCCUUCUAAUCUCCAGAACGAUCCUGACCGACUCGAGUUGUUCGAGGAUGAGCUGCGGGCCAAAAUGACGGAGGGGCUGUCCCGAGUGACCAGUACCAUCCUAGAGAAUGUGCUGCUGCAAAGACGCUCGAUCAAAAGCGCGUCGCUUAGUCUGGAAGACUAUUAUGGACAAAACUCGGAACACAUUCCCAUGACGAUAUACAACAAUUUAGAAGGGCGGUCACCAGGCUCGAGGACCGGGCACCCACACACCUCGGAUUCGCAUUUCACGGAUGUAAACCUCUUAUCGCCGGAAGUUAUCAACGAACCAGACGACCUUUCGGUAUUUGAUCAAACUCAUGAUACUUAUUUGGUUUUGAACCACGUACAGUGAGUUUUGUUUGACUCUUGGAAGGACGAUCCAUUUUGAGCUACUGGUAAAAUCAAAAAUGACUGCAUGUCGUACUUACCGUUUUGGCAACCACACCACAGACAUGAUACACGCAUAGGCAUUCGACCUGUGAUCAUACAGAGCUUGUCCUCUUGCAUCUUCGAAAAAUAUACCACAGGUUCUCUUCCUGAAAUCUUUCCAUCCGGAGUAUUGUGUGGAGCGCCUGAAUUUCAACGGGUAUCGUGGCUGCCAAGCGCGAACGACUGGAGGCGAAAUGUGCCAGAGCUGGGACCGACAGUGGCCUAAAGCGCAUAAAUUUUCCCCACUGUACGACGUGGGGGAUCCUGUGAACAGCAACCCUUCCUCUACGAAAGCGGCGCUUUACAGUACGAUGCUCCGAAACAACUUCUGCGCCAACCCAGACGGCCGGUCACCCGGAGUGGCGAGGAAAGUCCUCUACACAAGCGAGGCAAUAUGGUAAAAAAAAGAUGAACAGAAUACUAAGUAGGUAGCGAAGGGGAUAAGAGAUAAACCUUCUUAUACAUAGAAUUGCAAUUAUCAUUUCUGUCGUUGAAGAAAAAGGGUCAAAAGAUCAUCGACUUCGAACUUAUCGAUCUAUCGCUGUUUUUGUGUAAAUUUAAUGAUCGCUACUGAUGUACAAACCAUCAGGUGCUACACAAACGACCAGAGCAGUGCCGUCUGGGACUAUUGUGAGCCCAAGACACGCAGCCCACCGAUCCAUUGCUAUAAGGACGACCCUUUUUACCUUCGACUAGGUGGACGUCGGUUCAACGGUUUCAUGCAUGACACCAUUGAGUUUCUACCGCCUUCACAGUACGAAACCACAUUGCUCAUGCGUCGGGGCAUUGUUCCGUUUCAGUUGGAUCGCGUGUUGAACCUCACAAAGCACGCCAGACAAUACGCCCAGUGGAAUCCGGAACGCGCCUGUGAGACGUACAAAACUUAUUUUAAUACAGCGAAGUCGAGGCACCCUAUCCUAUACUAUCCUAUCCUAUCCGGUACGUAGCUUGUAGUAGUAGUGGUUCUACUACCUAGAGUUCAGUUAACAUAUCGAAGUCGGAACAUUGAACUGUGACGUUCUGGGCAUCAAAAUUGCAUUUGGAAGUAAUCAUCUCAUGUCUCGAAAACUCUACCAGGUGGGAUCCAGAUUUUGACGGGUCGUUUGAUAUUGUCUGCAAAGACAUGUUAUCGGACUUGAAACGCGGUCAAGAGAUAAAACCCCUCUCUUACGAGCCAAGAGAUGCAAACGAUAUGCCUUUGCCAGUCCGUUCGCGAAUCUACAUCAACCCCCAUUGUACAUAGUUUUUCUUUGUUGUUGAUUUCUUGUGCAGGAUAAGACUAGCAUUUUUAGCAGUUUAAGUAAUGAAGAAGAAAAAGUAAAUGUAUGGUUCUGACCUGGGAUAGAACAGUGGGUGAGUAGCUGAUAUAAAUUUAAAUUUUGUGAAUGCUCAUGCUGCCAUAUCUAUAAUUCACCAAGACGCAGUUGCGCAUCGCCAUCGUCCCUACAAAUGAUAGGUACCGACCGUCUCUUCGCGCCGUUUCACAAUCAAUUACCAGUGUACUCGGGCGUGCGGUUCUCGCAUAGUUUUCGAUUUGAAGACGACCCUGUGGAUGUUGAGACGAACAUCACAGAUAACCGGCAUUUUGGUCUGGCUGAGCAUGCGACCGGUUCCUGCCGCGAGGAGUGCAUGAAGUUAGGCAGUUUCGACUGCGGUGCCUUUGUUGUCAAACGGUAUCAAGACGAAAUGAACUUCACGGACCCCCACAUGCGGUUGCACAACUGUUACCUGUACCAUCCUAAAGAUCUGACCAAGGGACUGAUCCAGGUUGGCACGGGGCGCGACAACAAAAACGACGUGACGACGUGGCGAGUCGUUGACAACGGCUAUCAGUCGCCGCGCUGGAACUAUACGCUUCCGGCUCCGCCGUGGCAGGCGCCCAGUGGAAAUGAUCAAACCACGUUCUUCGAGGACAUGAAAAUGGUGUUUUUGAUCCUGCUCUUUACUUUAGGCGGCGCCGUCCUUUACUGGUGGGUCAAGCGCACGGUUCUCAAGAGCGUCGAGAUCGGCAAGCGGGCGGCCGAAGGCAAGGGUACACUCAAAGAUGCUAUGGGAGCCGCAGCAGGAUCAAACAAAGAAGGUACUCGCUACGUAGAAUAUGGCUCUCAUUUGUUCAAUAUUGGUUUUAUUUUCAAUUUCAGAUACUGGCAGAACUGCUUUAUCACGAAGUUAACGAAGAUCAUGGUUCAAAGGAGUUAUUCAAAAUUUUGUUUUUCCCACUUCUUUUCAGUGACGACGCUGAAUGUGAUGGCGCCGGUGAUGCGGCGUGAAAAUGCGGACGGACCGCCCCCGAAGGUUCCAAACCAUUUCAUCUCCGUAGGCGGUGAGGUUAACAAACCUCUGCCACUGGGUGGUUCCGAUAAGCAAAACAACCGCGUGGGGAAGAAGCUGCGCCCUCUCACUGGUCCCGGCAGUGAGGUGCCGUACGGCGCGAACCCAGAGAUUUGGCAUGCGGGGCUGAAGGGACGGGACUCGCAGUAUUCGCCAAGUAGGAGUGCGCGAGGCACGACGCCGGCGUAUGAGAACCGCGUUGCCCCACGGGAGGCAUCUAGUAGUCCGCAGAAGCGGUCUGCGUGGGCAGCAGACAUGCGCAUGGACCAAAUGAUUGGCGCAGGUCGUGGCGUCGACAAGAUAGACCAGUUGAACACGGGCAAACACGCGAAAAUGAAGAGCACAGUACAACUAAUGCAAACGUGUAUGAAUGACGAGGACUAUGCACAAAACUUCAACGAUUCGAAGGCGCAAAACACGAACAUGCUGUUUUACAACGAAGAUGCUGGUGGAGGUUAUGGACAUGGACACGGGCAUGGGCAUGUGGGCCAUCAUCACCAUCAUUAUGGUGGCGGUGGAGGUGGAAGGUAUGGCCGUCAUGACGAUCUGCCGCCAGGUGCCGGCUUGACCGAAUUAGGCCAAGGGGUGGACAGCAAGGGACGGAGACGAGAUCCGAAUAGCGGGAUGAAUGCUCGGUCCAUGCUGAAUCCUGAUCGAAGACUCCUGAUGGAGCGCGGGCACGCAGUGCCGGAGAAUGACCUGGCAUUAGUGUCUCCGACCGCAGCCGGCCCAGGCGGCUUGAUGCAGCGCAUAGGCGCGCUGGGGGGUCUGAGUCCGACUUCGUCGGCCAAUGCAUUGCUGAAUUCUCCAACUCUACUCGCAAAUAAGAUGAACAAUAACGUUGUCGAUGGUCCUCCGGGAGCAAGCAACCUGACGUUGGCGCAACAGCAACAACGAAACAGCACCCGGCCGGCCACGAGCGCGGCUCAGAAAAUCAUCCAGGCUCAGCAGAAGCGAGAGCAGAAAUCGACUGGAAUUGCGAGUUCUUUCUACACCAUGGACGGGCGCACCGAAGGAGGCCUUUCCCCGACAGAUUUGCGCCGGCAGCAGCGCAGUUUGUCGGAGAUGCGGCAGCCCGACCAUUUUCCAGCGCCACAGAGAGGAGGCCACCUCCAGCAUCCACAGCUGUCGCCGCCACGUAGAGGAGGUCACCAAACGGGGGAUCCUCUAGCUGGAGGACCAGCUGGCGCUUUUUCUGGUCUGCCGGAGCACGAAGUAUCCACACUCUCGUUGCAGUCCACAGUGAUAAGUGACGAGCCUCUAGACAACAUCACUGACAUCGCGGCGCGUCUAAGCCUCGCGCCACCGUCCGAUCGCCCAGGAGGGGGGAGAGGACGAAGCGUUGGCGCCGCCUCUAUGCGAUAUGCGGCAGGAGAAACAGGUUCCAUGCGGGAUGCCGUCAGAGACAGUCAAUACUCACGACAGCGUGACGCAAUGUUCGGAAGGCGCUCGUCGUCAUGAUAGCAGUACUCGAGUUUUCUCCAUUUUUCGGUUUGAAUAUAGAUGAGCAACAAAACCACAUUGGCGUUGUAUAUCGAGCGUCGCUCUCAGCAUAAGUAGUAUCUUGUUGUAAUUUGUAAAUAGGCUUUUACCUCGUCGUGGUUGAAUGAUGUGGUUAGUUUUUCUUCAAACUAUUUCCGGAUGAAACGCCGGACCUCUUCAUACCAGAGGACGUUGUUUGAUUUAUACCCUUUCGCAACUAUCAUGACGAUUAUGUUAAACUGUAUCUAGUAUGUUGACUCAAAAUGUUCUUGUUCGUGCUGUAAAUGAACUUUUUUUUCGCAAGCUGCACACCGAUGCGGAGCAGAAAGAGUACGAGGAUUAAGCAGAGUCAUGCACAGUCAUUCUCAUUGUUCGUAUAUAUUUGGUAUUUUUCUUGAAACUAUUACUAUGAUUGAUCCCUAAUAUUUGGAAUUCGCACUAGCAGGGUAGUUCCACAACUGUUCGUCUAAUUUCUUGCAGGCUCGAUUAUUAUAGCAGAUCAUCUGAGAUUAAAGUGCUUACGCUGAGCAAACUGAACUUUCUUUCGUCUGAAAGUAACAUCAUGAUUGGUUCUUGUUUUUGAUUGUAACAUUGCUUUUGUUGGAUAGUAGUCAGCACUAAGUUUAAAUCCACCAGCCUCAUCUUGCCUGAUGCGUCCAUUCUGUUAUAAUUCCUUUUCCUUUCAUUUUCAACUUCUGUAUUUGCAUUCCAAUUGUUCUCCUGUCUGUGGAUACGAGUUCUUCUGUCUUCUGCCUUAGACGAGCCUCCAAGUUUUCUCGGACGUUGCGCUCCAGACAGCGUGAGUAUGAUACGGAGUUUCAGACACGGUCGGAGUCAUUUCCACAAAAUCUAAAUCAAGCAUUUUUUAGAAUCGAAAACUAAGACAUGCAUCUGCCCUGUGCACGCCUGCACUCCUAGAGGCACAGGAUAAUAGGGCUAAGAAACGCGCUCGUUUGAGCAUGCCGACACGUACGUUGUAGACGAU